AUGAAGCUCAUUCUAUCCACCUCGAACAUCAUGUCCGGCAGCCCCUCUGUGAUCCGACGCCCCUUCUUUGAAAAGUCAAAUACAGAACUCACCUCCUCCCUCCGCGCAAACUUCUCCUCUCACCAGUCCACAACACCCCCGACCAACGGCACGCAAGCACCCUCCAAUACGUCCUACAAGUCAUGGACCACAAACUCAGACGCCGCUUUAUACAUACCCACACAUACACCCUCACUACUGAGCGAGCCCCGGAAAUCCUACGAUAUUACAGUCAAGCUCUUCUACCUACCGAAUAUACCAGCAAAUAGGCGAUGCGCACAAACGCGAGAAGCCAUCGAAUUAGUGCUAAAAGAGCUGGGCACAAGCUCGAUAGACUUACUAAUUGUCAGCUUCCCGGGAAUAUCCUUUGACGCCGACGAUGAAGACUCUGAUUUGGACGACCCUCCCUCCGCUCCUCAAUCUACCUCUGAGAACAACGACGGAGGAUGCCUCGACUCUGGCGUCCCACCCGAAGACAUUGAGACAAUGAUCACAACGUGGCGGACGCUAGAGAAGCUCCAAUCGGACGGGCUGGUAGCGAAGCUGGGCAUAGCCGAGUUUGGAGUGACGAGGCUGAGCAAGUUUCUGGAGCAGGCCAAGAUCAAACCGAGUGUCAAUCAAAUUAAUGUGAGGGAUUGCUGUGUGGUUCCGAAACCGCUCAUCCUCUACGCAAAGCAACAGCAGAUUGAGCUGCUUACACAUAACGACUGCACGAACAUCUUACCACGGGGUACCCUGAGGCAGAUAUUGGGGUCAGGGGAGCAUGGGUCGGGAGUGUUGGCGGGAGAGGGGAAUGAGGAUGGGCUGAGGGGGGAUGUGGAGCCGCAGUGGGUAGUAAAGUACACCGCAGUAGUCAAAGACCGGGGCGUAGUAGAGAGUAAAGGCUACUUCGCCGCUGCAGAACUGAGGGAGGGGUGA